CUGACAGAAACAGAAAAUGGCUAAUAAGUGUCACAUGUGUCUGCUGGGACUGAUCAUUCUCUGUCUGCUUCUCACAGGUAGCAGUGGAGUGGAUGACACUCAUAUGUUCUGCAGUUCUGGUGAAAAUGUCCGUCUGCCCUGUAAUAAUGCUCUUUCUGACUGCACAUCAACUACAUGGAUCUAUAGCAACCAUUCAGAGACAGUUGAACUGGUUGCUGGAGGAAAAAAAAAGAAUGACAUAGAGAGACAUGAGAGACUGAGUCUGCGCUCUCACUGCUCUCUGAACAUCAAGAAAGUCACAAAAGAAGAUUAUGGAUCUUACAGCUGCCGACAAUAUGUGAAUGGACAACAAAAUGGAAUUGAUGCACCUGCUUAUCUGCAUUUUCUCCAUGUCACUUCAUCAUCCUCACAGACUGAGAUCAGACCAGGCAGCUCUGUGACUCUCUCCUGUCAGUUGUAUUUAUGUUGUGGAGUCUCUUGUGAUAUUUUGAUCCGUUCUGAGGGAAUUCAGCUGAUCUGGGUGAAUCAGGCUGGUGUGAAUCUGCAGACAGACUCUAGAUAUCAGAUAUCAUUCUCCUCAACACACUGUAACAGCACUCUGACUACAACACUCCUGAAUGAAGAUCACAACAGAGAGUGGAGAUGUCAGGUUAAACAGAAGAAUGAACUAAAGACCUCAGUCACAUAUACUAUUCCAAAAUCUGAGAAGAAAUCAAGCCAAACUACAGCAGCAGCUCAUACACAACAAGUGAUUGUGAUUAUUGUUGAGAUUGCAGUGUUUGCUGUUCCUACUGUGAUUCUUCUUCAGAUCAUCUGUGCAAUUAGAGCUGGAAAGAAGAACUCCCACCACCCAGAGGAAAUAGAGAUGGCUACAGUAUUACAAUGA